UACAAAACUGGCUUUUGCCUUGCUGUGGUGUGACUCUUUCUACACUUUAUGACAGUGCAAAUGUAACACACAUGCAGUGGAAACCAUGUGUAGAAUUUGGAGUUUAGAUCUGUCCCCAACUUGCAGCUCUUCUGUGUGAUACGAUAUGCUGUAGUGCUGCCCGGCCCCAGUGGGCAGCCUCAAUUAGUUGGCCCUGGGGUCACAGGGUGAAUUACUAGUACUGUGCGUUGUAUUGGAUUGCCCGUGUUUCCUGUCCAGAGGCAUUCAGUUAUGUGCACGAGACAGUCAAUACUUCCUGACAAAUAUUCCUAACAUUUUUUUCGUGUUACUUGAUUUUGUGCAAGUGUACACAGAUAUAUGGUUGAGUAUAUUUAUGUAGGAUAGGCCGAGCCAUAAUGUUCAGUACACAGGUAUAUCAGAUACAUUUUUGACUUAUGACGCUUUAGAUUUAUGAAGAAUAUGAAUUAUGAGUGUGUGUCUUAGCCACUUUUCCAUGACAGGGACAAAAUACCUGCCACCCACAACCUAAGGAGGACAGGUUUAUUUUGGCUCAGGGGUUCAGUGCACCAUCAGUGGGCUCCAAGGCAGAAACAGGGUGGCCGAGGAGUGUGAUAGAGGAGUGGGAUGCUCAGCCCAUGGCAGCCAAGAAGCAGGAGAGACGGGAGGAGCUGGGGACAAUACGUUUUUCUACGUCAUACUCCUAGUGGCCCACCUGUAACCAGGUCCCACUUCCAACACCAUAUUCAGCUACUAUGAAUCCACUGAUGAGUAUGGUGUCCCCCACGAUCCAGUCACCUUCCAAAAGCCCCACCUCUGAGAUGUGUUUGGGGACAUUUUAGAUCUAAACCAAAACAGUAUCCAGCUGUAUCUUAAAUUGAGGAGAAUCUCUGUGUAUAAAUAGAUACAUGUGUGUGUGUGUGUGUGGUGUACAUGCAUAUAUGUGUAACUAUUUACCUUCUACCAAAUGACAUUAUUAAAAAUUUUAUUUUUUUAAUGCAGAGAAUAGCAUCAAAUAUCUUUAAAGCUUAUCUCUGCUUCCUUAUGAAACUGGCAAAGGAAUUGAGUAAGUUGGAUUUAAGUCAUUGUGAAGAGAAUUGUUUGGAAAAAAGGAAGAGAGAAAGCCCUAGAAAGGAACUCCAAAGCCUUGAAAGUGAGGUUAUUUGUAGGUGUACAGUAAAGGUUGGAGAUAGUGGAAACCAACCGGAACCACUUGAGCAUUAACUAGCCAAAGUAGGUAAGCUAUUUUUUUUUAAAGUGAAAAAGUAGAUAGCAAGCUUAUUUAGCUAGUUUUUUCUAUAGGCCCUGAUUUGAAUGCUUGUCCUGUAUGAUAAUGUGGUUACCAGAGUCUAGGAAUGAACAUUUGGAAGUAGAUAAGAAUCUGCUCAAUAAUCAAGGGGCAGAACUUGCAAGUACUGUCCAGCUUCCCUGAAGAGAUCUGCUGUUUGCAGUGUUCUUUCAUAAUAUUUUACAAAGGACCCACAAGUCUUCCUUUCUUGGUAAAGGAGUACCAAUUUAAUAGAGAGGUAAGAGGCAAGAAGGGGCAUGGAAAGACCAGUGUCCCUACUCUAUCUCAGUGCUAGCUAAGUGAGUUUAGGCAACUCAGUAAUAGUGUUUCAGUAAAAUUUUCUUUUGCCAAAGAGUUACAUGCAUAAGAAUGUCGUCCUUUUAACUGGGGGGCAUGUGUAAUCGGGAAGGUAACUCGGCGGCAAAACAGAUGGACCAGAAAUGUGGAAGUUGGGUGGGAACCAGGCAUGAUUUAAAUCUUUUCGUACCAACCGUUUAAGUCUGGGGCCUAUUUCUAACCGUCUAAGGGCGGCACAAGUCAGCACAUCACUUUAUGAACCCAACUUUACUUGGUCAAGUCAAUUUCAGUGAGUCAUCAUGAGACUUGGCCUGGCAGGGUUUUAGGCUGUCUCUGCAAGAUUUUUCAGAUACUGAUACACUUAGUCCAGGGCAUCGGAAAAAUGGCUCUGCCAACCGCCUUCAUGCGCAGUACCCGCCCGACUGGAACCACAGGGAGGGGGUGGGGUGGCCCGGAGGAGGUACAUUGCGGGCCCCUGGAGGUGUGUGAACCUGUGCUUUUCGGGACAGAAACCACAGUAAGGGCCCCUGAAGAUGCCGGGGUAGUGGUGAACUGAGCCCGAGAUGCUGCCAGGCCUGUUCGGCAGUGUGGCCCAGGGUCCCUCCACCCCCGCGGCGGGCCCAGCGGUGGUCCGCUCCCGUUGCCAGGUUAUGGACCAAACGCUGAACGUUCUAGGUCAGUGUCGCAAGCCGCGACAUCAGGAUCCUGCCAGCAGGUCCUAAACCUGAAAGGACGAGGACAGAGAGACGGGAGGACCUUAUCUUCUCAUGUUACUUGCUGCUACUUUAUUACCGAACCUCUCCUUUUAUACUCUCUGGCUGUGCGGCUGUUAGAGAGCUCCGCGCACACAUUCCGGAAGGAAACCGUUGAACCGUUACAUUUGCACCAGUAAACCGUUCAACAGAUCAGACCACCAGUAAACCGUUCAACAGCUCAGGUGAAUCACAGGUUAAUACGGCUGUGCUCUCCAUAGGGUACAAGUUGAAUUCUAUAUGAAUGAAAACACAUUUAAAGAGAGAUUAAAGUUAUUUUUCAUUAAAAACCAGAGAUCAAGCCUAAGAAUUCGCCUGUUCAAUUUUUCUCUCAAAUUAUUAAGCUGCUUAUUAUACAUAAUCCGAGUACUACUAGAAAGCCCUUCACAAGGAAAUGAAUGGUCUCACAUCUUCUGGGUGAACAGAAGCCUACCUUUAUGGGGCUUACAGGUCUCAGUGGCAUUGAUCAGCCUAUUUGAAACUCUGCUACUUGGUUAUCUCAGUUAUAAAGGAAACAUCUGGGAACAGAUUUUACGAAUACCCUUCAUCUUGGAAAUAAUUAAUGCGGUUCCUUUCAUUAUUUCAAUAUUCUGGCCUUCAUUAAGGAAUCUAUUUGUCCCAGUUUUUCUAAACUGUUGGCUUGCCAAACAUGCCUUGGAAAAUAUGAUUAAUGAUCUGCACAGAGCCAUUCAGCGUACACAGUCAGCAAUGUUUAAUCAAGUUUUGAUUUUGAUAUCUACAUUACUAUGCCUUAUCUUCACCUGCAUUUGUGGAAUCCAACAUCUAGAACGAAUAGGAAAGAAGCUGAAUCUUUUCGACUCUCUUUAUUUCUGCAUUGUGACAUUUUCCACUGUGGGCUUUGGUGAUGUCACUCCCGAAACAUGGUCCUCCAAGCUUUUUGUGGUUGCUAUGAUCUGUGUUGCUCUUGUUGUUCUGCCAAUACAGUUUGAACAGUUGGCAUAUUUGUGGAUGGAGAGACAAAAGUCAGGUGGAAACUACAGUCGACAUAGAGCCCAGACAGAAAAACAUGUUGUUCUGUGUGUCAGUUCACUGAAGAUUGACUUGCUCAUGGAUUUUUUAAAUGAAUUCUAUGCUCAUCCAAGACUACAGGAUUAUUAUGUGGUGAUUUUGUGCCCUACUGAAAUGGAUGUGCAAGUUCGAAGGGUACUACAAAUUCCAAUGUGGUCCCAGAGAGUUAUCUACCUUCAAGGCUCAGCCCUGAAAGAUCAGGAUCUACUGAGAGCAAAGAUGGAUGAUGCUGAAGCUUGCUUUAUUCUGAGUAGCCGCUGUGAAGUGGACAGAACAUCAUCUGAUCACCAAACUAUUUUGAGAGCAUGGGCUGUAAAAGACUUUGCUCCUAAUUGCCCUCUGUAUGUCCAGAUACUAAAGCCCGAAAAUAAAUUCCAUAUCAAAUUUGCUGAUCAUGUCGUUUGUGAAGAAGAGUUUAAAUACGCCAUGUUAGCUUUAAACUGUAUAUGCCCUGCCACCUCUACACUUAUUACACUACUGGUCCACACCUCUAGAGGGCAGGAAGGCCAGCAAUCACCAGAACAAUGGCAGAAGACGUACGGCAGGUGCUCUGGGAAUGAAGUAUACCACAUUGUUUUAGAAGAAAGUACAUUUUUUGCUGAAUAUGAAGGAAAAAGUUUUACAUAUGCCUCUUUCCAUGCCCAUAAAAAGUUUGGUGUCUGCUUGAUUGGUGUUAGGAGGGAGGAUAAUAAAAACAUUUUGCUGAAUCCAGGUCCUCGAUACAUUAUGAAUGCAACAGACAUAUGCUUUUAUAUCAAUAUUACCAAAGAAGAGAAUUCAGCAUUUAAGAACCAAGACCAGCAGAGAAAAAGCAAUCUCCCCAGGUCACUUUAUCAUGGGCCUUCCAGGUUGCCGGUACAUAGCAUAAUUGCCAGCAUGGGUACUGUGGCCAUAGAUUUGCAAGACACAAGUUGCAGAUCAGCAAGUGGUCCCACGCUGUCUCUUCCUGUAGAGGGAAGCAAAGAAGUAAGAAGGCCUAGCAUUGCUCCUGUUUUAGAGGUUGCAGAUACAUCAUCAAUUCAAACAUGUGAUCUUCUAAGUGACCAGUCAGAAGAUGAAACUGCACCAGAUGAAGAAAUUUCUUCAAACUUAGAAUAUGCUAAAGGCUACCCACCUUAUUCUCCCUAUAUCGGAAGUUCACCGACUUUUUGUCACCUCCUCCAAGAAAAAGUGCCAUUUUGCUGCUUAAGAUUAGAUAAGAGUUGCCAGCAUAACUACUAUGAGGAUGCAAAAGCCUAUGGAUUCAAAAAUAAACUAAUAAUAGUUGCAGCUGAAACAGCUGGAAAUGGAUUGUAUAAUUUUAUUGUUCCUCUCAGGGCAUACUAUAGACCAAAGAAAGAACUUAAUCCCAUAGUACUGCUAUUGGAUAACCCGCCAGAUAUGCAUUUUCUGGAUGCAAUCUGUUGGUUUCCAAUGGUUUACUACAUGGUGGGCUCUAUUGACAAUCUAGAUGAUUUGCUCAGGUGUGGAGUGACCUUUGCUGCCAACAUGGUGGUGGUGGACAAGGAAAGCACCAUGAGUGCUGAGGAAGACUACAUGGCUGAUGCCAAAACCAUUGUGAAUGUGCAGACUCUUUUCAGGUUGUUUUCCAGUCUCAGUAUUAUCACAGAGCUUACUCACCCAGCAAACAUGAGAUUCAUGCAGUUCAGAGCCAAAGACUGUUAUUCUCUUGCUCUUUCAAAACUGGAAAAGAAAGAACGAGAGAGGGGUUCAAAUUUAGCUUUUAUGUUUCGACUGCCUUUUGCGGCUGGAAGAGUGUUUAGCAUCAGUAUGUUGGACACACUUCUAUACCAGUCUUUUGUGAAGGAUUAUAUGAUUUCUAUCACCAGACUUCUGUUGGGACUGGACACAAUACCAGGAUCGGGGUUUCUUUGUUCUAUGAAAAUCACUGAGGAUGACUUAUGGAUCAGAACUUAUGCCAGACUUUAUCAGAAGCUGUGUUCUUCUACUGGAGAUGUUCCCAUUGGAAUCUACAGAACUGAGUGUCAGAAACUUACUACGUCUGAGUCUCGAGAAAUAGCAUCACAAUCUCAAAUAUCGAUCAGUGUGGAAGAGUGGGAGGAUACCAAAGAAUCCAAAGAGCAAGGGCACCACCGCAGCAACCACCGCAACUCGACGUCCAGCGACCAGUCAGACCAUCCCUUGCUUCGGAGAAAGAGCAUGCAGUGGGCUCGAAGACUGAGCAGAAAAGGUCCAAAACACUCUGGUAAAACAGCUGAAAAAAUAACCCAGCAGCGACUGAACCUCUACAGGAGGUCAGAAAGACAAGAGCUUGCUGAACUUGUGAAAAAUAGAAUGAAACACUUGGGUCUUUCUACAGUGGGAUAUGAUGAAAUGAAUGAUCAUCAAAGCACCCUCUCCUACAUCUUGAUUAACCCAUCUCCAGACACCAGGCUUGAGCUGAAUGAUGUUGUGUAAGU